AUGACGAUGUCCUCCUCCCCUACACCACCCUUUCACCUGACCAUCCGCUUCUCCAACUCCCUUCCAGACCUCCAACUCGACGUACCGACACCGCACACCACCACCGUCCUAUCCGUCAAGCACCUCCUCCGCACGCGCACAUCGUCUCGGAGCCGUCUCCGUCUCAUCUAUCAGGGACGUAUCCUACCCGACACGUCGUCCGUCCUCUCUGCUCUCCGGCCAACCUCGUCCUCCUCCUACGGCGCAGCAGCUGCAGUCGACGACCCCAAGGGUAAAGGCAAGGACAAGUUCAUAAGCAUCUACGUCAACUGCUCCAUAGGCGACGAGCUCACUCCCGAGGAAUUAUCUGCCGAAGCCGAGGCUGCCAAUGCCGCUGCCGCUUCCACCGCCACAAAUCAAGAUGACGAGGAAGGGGGGGACCUUGGCUCCGUAGACGAAGCAACAGCUACAGGUCGACGACGACGACGGCGGCAGCAGCAACAGCAGCAGCAGCAACAGCAGCAGCAGCAACAGCAACAACACUCUCCAUCCACUCGUCCCCGCCCACGUGGCUUCGACCGACUCCUAGCCACAGGCUUCACUUCGUCCGAGAUAUCCACGCUGCGCACGCAGUUCGCUUCCAUCCACGCGGAUCGGUACCCGCCCGACGCUCCCCCUUCCCCAGACACGCUCAGAUCCCUGGAAGAUUCGUGGAUAGAUUCCAACGCUGCCGGCGAGCAGCAGCAGCAUGGUUUCGGCGGCGGUGGCGGCGACGGUCUGGCCGACGACGCCGACGACCCUUCCAGCUUGGCCAACGGGAUCGAUGUCCUCAUCCGCGCCAUGAUGAUCGGCUUCUUCUUCCCACUCGGUAGUCUGGCCUGGGCGCUGCGGCAGGAUGCCAUCUGGAAUGAUAGGUGGAAGAUAUUUGUGGCUGCUGGCGUCGUCAUGAGUGUCUCUUCCGGUAUUCUCGUCAGUAUCAAUUGGGAUAACUGA